GCACAUGCCAUCUUCACCUUCAACAAGAGAGAAGGAGCCAACCAUGCAAUCAAAUUUGGGCUGUUAGUAGACAGCAAGAAGGUCUAUGGAAGGAAGCUAAUCCAGGAGCCAACCAGAUGCUUAAAGUGUCACUCAUUUGACAGUGCACAUGUUGCAGCUAACUGCCCUCAGGAACAGGACACCUGUGGAACUUGCAGUGGCCUGCACAGAACAGCCACAUGCAAGGUAACAGACCAAAACUGCUACUGGUGCAAGAACUGUAACGUUGAAGGCCACGUAGCCUGGAACCAGGAAUGCCCCACUGUCAUA